AUGGAAACAAUGGCUUACAGCAAGGGGCCAUGGUGGACCAUUCCUGAAAACUUUUGCCUUCCGUUGGUGUUUUACAUGGAAGAGGACCAGGAGGAGCGCAUCUUUGGCCACCUUGAUGCAGACCUUCACCAUCUCGAGGUACACAGCCACACCCUCAUUCAGCUGGAGGGGUGGUUCACAGCCACAGGCCAGACGCGUGUCACCGUAGUUGGACCACUUGAGGCAAGGCAGUGGCUGUUCCUCAUGAUCUGGAGCAUGGAGAGCUGGGACCCCGAUCAGCAGGCCCGAGGUCUCGAGAUGCUGCAGUGUGUCCGGAGCCAGCUUCUAACCAAGGACGACCUGGAAGCUGCUCCCAGCAUACAGCUCUACUCCACGGCCCUGUCUUUGCUAGUCAGGAUGGGCAGGACUGUCCAUCCUAGGCUUUGUCAGGCUUCCCCUUACUGA